AUGUACCCCCUCCCUCUCGCCCAAGGCAACCCCCAAACCCCCUCAGACGCCACCAUCCAAAAAUGGCUCGAGGGCGCCACAAACCCAGCCAGUCUCACAUUCACGGACCGCCAAAAGCUCCUGCGGCGCCAUCCAUGGCCCGAAUCAGACGCCCUCUGCAAGGAAACAACGGGCCUCUCCUUCGACCAGCUCACCGAGAAAGCCGCGCACAGUGACCCAGCCACCCUCACCUACGGCGAAUCCUGGCUCCUGGCGCAGGGGACAAGCGGUGUGCUCGCAAACGGCGACAAGCAGAUGCUCGACCGGGUGCGGUGGCCGGCUCCCGCGCGCGCGGCCUACGACGCCGCGCUGGAAGCGAUCCUCAGCGAGACGGACCGGGCGGCGCGCGCGAAUGCGCGAGUUGCGCUGGCGCGGCACCGCGAUGGGUACUGGGGGAAGAGGAAGGAGAUAUCCGUUCAGGACCGGCGGAAUGCGGAGUUUGUGAGUUCGUGGCCGUGGAUGCAUGAGGUUGAGGAGAUGUUGGCGGCGGAUGCGGAGGCGCGGUGGGGGUUUGUGUGUUUCCGGACGGCGUACGGGGAUGAUGCGCAGUGGGAGCAUUUCAAGACGCAGUUUGCGAACGGCGCCGAGCUGAGUCUAUCCAUGCUGCAGAGCGCGCGGAGUGAGUUUUGGACUCCGGAUGUGCUGCUGGGGAGGUGGGAGAUUCAGUUUGUGGAGGAUCGGGAGGCGCUGGAGGGCGCCGGGUUGCAUCAGCUUUGUCUUCGUUUCCGGCGUAUGCGCGAGGAAGGAAGGAUCCGGGCUGGGCUGAGGAGGGAUGUCUUCCUCUACGCAAAUCAGGCUUCCAUUCAGUCCUCGCUGGACCAUUAUCCCCUCCCCGACCGGGGCUUUGUUGUCGCCGGUGACCCCGAACAUGAGCCAGGCAAGAUUCCGACGUAUUUGCAUAACUUCAAGGGGAACGUUCGUGUUGCAUUCACGGGCGUCUUUACUUGUUUCUACGCGAGGCUGAUUCCGAGAGGUGAUCCGGAGGAUGAUCCCAGUAUGAUUAGGGGCAAUAGGCAGAGCUGGGAUGUGGUCUUUCUGAAAGCGAGGAUGAACCGUGAGGAUAAGACUUACCCUCCAGCUUCCCAGAACAAUCGGAACUGA